GCGCGCUCGCUCGCCGGCUCGCGCGCGCCGAGGAAAACGUUGCGCAGGUUCAAAAAUGGAACGUCGGCGGCGUGAGGGAGCGCAAGGGGGUGUGCGCGCGUGCGCGUGCGCGUGCGCGCCCGGGCGAGGGUGACUGGGACCCCGCCGGCCCGAGCAUCGCGCGCCGCAGCCGCGGCCCCGCAGCUCCGCCCCCGGCCCGGCCCGGCCCGGCCCCGGGCCCGCUUGCCCGCCGCCCCGCAUGGAGCUGUCAGCCAUCGGCGAGCAGGUGUUCGCCGUAGAGAGCAUCCGGAAGAAGCGCGUGCGGAAGGGUAAAGUCGAAUAUCUGGUGAAGUGGAAAGGAUGGCCCCCAAAGUACAGCACGUGGGAACCGGAGGAGCACAUCCUGGACCCCCGCCUGGUCAUGGCCUAUGAGGAGAAGGAGGAGAGAGACCGAGCAUCGGGGUAUAGGAAGAGAGGUCCGAAACCCAAGCGGCUUCUGCUGCAGCGGCUGUACAGCAUGGACCUGCGGAGCUCCCACAAGGCCAAGGGCAAGGAGAAGCUCUGCUUCUCCCUGACGCGCCCACUCGGCAGCGGGAGCCCCGAGGGGGUGGUCAAGGCGGGGGCACCCGAGCUGGUGGACAAGGGCCCCUUGGUGCCCACCCUGCCCUUCCCGCUCCGCAAGCCCCGCAAGGCCCACAAGUACCUGCGGCUCUCACGCAAGAAGUUCCCGCCCCGCGGGCCCAACCUGGAGAGUCACAGCCAUCGACGGGAGCUCUUCCUGCAGGAGUCAGCGGCCCCGGACGUCCUGCAGGCGGCCAGCGAGUGGGAGCCUGCUGAGCAGCCCCCUGAAGAGGAGGACGCAGAUCUGGCCGAGGGGCCCCCCUCCUGGACACCCACGCUCCCCUCAAGUGAAGUGACAGUGACCGAUAUCACCGCCAACUCCAUCACCGUCACCUUCCGCGAGGCCCAGGCAGCUGAGGGCUUCUUCCGAGACCGCAGCGGGAAGUUCUGAAUCACCAUUUUUACUCUUCUUCAACUGUUUUCUUUUGGGCUUGGGGUGGGGACUUCCAGAAAUGGGGAGGGGUUGGGGUGGGUAAUUAUUUUAUUUAAAGAAACAUUGACGAGGAGAAGGGGGGAAGAUCCCAGCACUUUCCCACGGCCCCGCCCCUUUCUCUGUGCGGACGUUUACAGGGCGGCCUUGGGUCUGUGUCAGGGCUGGGCCUGGGGAGGCCUGGCACUGCUCUGUCACUUGGGGUACCAUCUCCAGGGUAGGAUGGGGACAGGACCAGCCUCCCCCGGACACCUCCAUCACCAUUCUUCUCUAGAGAGACAGCAGCUGGUCCCCAGGACUAAAGGAGGAUGGGAAGGCCUGAACCCUCCCCUUAAGCAGCCCACCCCAGCCUUUCUGGUUGGUUUCCCCUUUGCCUUUUUGUGUGUGUGUGUUUGGGGAGGGGUCUUUAUUUUUAACUUUCCACUCCAGCUUUGCGGGGGGAUAUGGAGGCUGGCUUUGACCAGAAGUGAUUGGGUCACAGAGCUAAGGGGCUGGGAAGGGUUUGAGAUUGCUGGGCACGUCCCACCCCUUCAGAAAGGUCUCUCCUUUCCCCUGGGGGCAGCUGCCAGCUAAGCCCCUUCCGCUGAGAGCUACCCGCCCCAGCUCCAUCGCCUGGCCCGUGCAAACUGCUCACUUGCACACCCAGCCCUGCAGGUGUGUGCACACGGCCCCUCGCGCCCUCAUGACUGCAUACGCCGGUCCGCAGACGUGUGCAGCGGGUCUUGCAAGCCUCCUGACUGGGUGGACGGGGCGGGGUGGGGGGGGAGUGAUUCACAGCACAGAAGAGCUUGCUGUAGGCAGCCCCGCUCAUCCCACCUUGCACAGCACUUCGCCUGACAGGACCUAUCCGAGUCAGCGUGGAUAGCUGUCAGUGGAGGGCAAGGCUCCGGCCAGGGGGCAGCUGGAUGGCCUCCGACGCUCCAGGCGUGCGGAUGAAGUCUUGUGGUGUCACCUGGGUAGCCACGGGCGUGCAAGCGUGUGCAUGUGUGCUGUGCAACGGCACGAGCUCUGAGGCACUUGUGCCCUGUCCCCCCCACCCCCGGGGCUCCUGUUCUCUCUGACUCAGGUGACUUUCCAGCCCUUCUGUCUCCCCUCUUUUUCUGCCCUCCCCUUCAACUCAGCCAACCAGACAUGGGCGUGGGUGGUCAGGGAGGGAGGAAGCGUCCCACCACCUUCUCAGGGCAGCCCUCGACUCCUGACACCCUUCCUCCUUCCAUUCUGGGUCUCCCCCGCAUCCACCCUCAGUGCUGCAGCUGGGACUAACCUUGUUUCUCUGCGGCGGGACCUCUGCCAUGUCUUCCUGUGGUCGGGCUGUAGUGGGUGAUGGGUCAGGCUGUGCACGAGCCCCCCACCCUGGCAGGGGCCUGUGUCUGCCAGAAGAGGGGCGCUCCGUUUCUGGUUUGCACAGACGUGCCCUGUGGACUAGUGGCUCCCCUGGCAGUAAGGAGUGACUUCUCCCCUAUCCUGGUCCUGCAGGGGAGAAAAAGCCAGAUUGGGGGUGGGCCCCAGGGGAGCAAGUGAAAGGCUGGCCCCCUCGCCUCUCCCCAUUGUCAGACCAGGCACUCAGGUCCCUCCCCCGGGGCUGUCUCCAUGCUCUGCUGUGUCCUGAGGAAGUGGGCAGAAUCCUGCUGAGGCUCGACUAGGGCAGUUCUUCCCCCAGACUCUUCUUCCCAAGUUCCCAAACCAAAGACAGCCUGCACCCCCUUUUUGUUUGGGGUGCCUUGCUGGCAAGAUCCCAGAUCCCUGAGUGUCUGUCUCCCCUUCCUCCUUAAUCCUUCGUUGUCCAGGGUCAAUUCAGUGCUUCCAUUGGGGGAUGGCUUCCUCCCCCCCACCCCAUGACUUGAUUCACCCCCAGGCUAGGGGGUUGUGUCUAGGGGAGUCUGGGGGUGGACCAGGGAACGAAGGAGCAGUGGGGAACCUCCCCAGCUGCGGGACCCUGGGAAGGGGAAGGGCAGCCUGAGUGGGAAGCUGUCCCAGAUCAGGGGCUCCCGGCAGAGGAGAAGGUGGUGGGCAGGGGUGUCGCGCUGACGGAAAGCUGUGGGCCCUGGCUUGGGACUCGGCUGGCUUCAGCUUCCAAGAGAAGUCACACUCCGCAGCCCCAGGGGACACGUGGCCUCUCCUGCCUCACUUUGAAGAGCUGUUUGUGUAGUUUGCGGGUCUGGGGCCUCUCUUGUGGGGUGAGGCAGCUGCCACAGAGGAGCACUUCUAGCCUCUCUCUCAGCCCUUCACAGCCCGCAGGGCGCCCUGCUCUCUGGAGGGCCGGACCUGGGAGCGGAGCCUCCCUGGGGGAAGGGCUGCAGGCUGUUAGGACCUUCCUGCCCAGGACCCAGGACGGUGACCUCUGUGAGGGGCUGGAAGUGGCCUUGCAGGACUCCUCCAGCCCUGAGCGUCCCAGAGGGCCUUUGGGUGAGAGGGGGCAAGGUGGGCACGACCUCCCACCCCACUGCCACCCGAGAAGGCCAGUACUCACUUGGGGGUGGGCGUUGAAAAGGUUGGACCACCUGCCUUUCCUUCCCCCAGCCCCACCUGUUUUGAAUGUAGAGAGACCGGUUGGUACUUUUCUUUUGCUGUGGGGUGGGGCGAGGGGCAUAUUCUCCGCCCGUGGCGCGGCCACUCGGGAAUCACCGCCGCUCUUAGGAUGGUGGUCCCUCCACCAGCUUCCCCCUGGCUCCUGCCCUGGGGGAGGGCGCUUGGCUUGUCAAGUGGUGUCGCUUUUGCUUUAUAACUGGCCAGCCUGACCUCCGGGUCUCAGCACAAGAACGCUUCCUUUGCACAGAAUGAGCGUCGAGCUUUGUUCAGACUAAAUGAAUGUAUUUGGGAGGGGUUGGGGGCGCGAGUCAAUUCCAAGCACACGCCGUUUCAGAGUGAGUGUGUGCGGGGAGAGCUAGAGCAGAUGCAGAGCGUGGUUUUAUUUUUGUACUGAUAUUGGUAAGAGACUGUAUAGCAUCUAUUUAUUUAGAUGAUUUAUCUGGUAAAUGAGGCAAAAAAAUAUUAAAACUACAUUAAAGAUGAUUUUAAAAAAAAGCUCUUGGGCAUCUGAUCAUUGCUUGUGAUGGUGUCACAGCUGUGCCGAGAAAAGAGCUGCAGCCCUGGGGGUGAGCCCUCCAGACCUCCCAGGCCCCCCAGAGCCAUCUUGGCAGUACAUGGGGCUGGCGCCAGGUGUCCUUGUCCGCUUGCAAAUCCUGAGACAUGGCGAUGCUCUCAUGUCCAUACAGUCUCCCUGUCUGGUUAGUUUUCCCCUCAAAGUUGCAAACCCUCAGAUCCAGCCCCACACGUGUUCUUGACACUCCUGUUCCUGUGUGUCUGUGGGUCUCGCACGUCUUCCGGUGGGUAAGUUAUUUCCUCCUGGGUAAGGAGUGUGCUCCCUGCCUGGUCAAUGCUGGGAAAAGGAGGGGGAGGCGAAGGUGGAUUGAGAAGGAAACGUGCGAUCUUGAGGAGUAUCUGCCUCAGGUGAAGCCCUUACUUGGUCACCAGGUAGUCAGCCGUCUUCUAGUGCCAGCCAGAGAGGUCAGGGGAUUGUGGUGGGCAAGUUUCUUGGGCCCGUUAUCCCUAAUGUUUUCAUCCCAGGGCUUCGAGCUCUGCCUCUUCCCUGUUGGCCCUCAACUUAGCAUAAGAGGCCCAUGAGGCAGUGUGUUCAGUCUCCUUUGCAGCUCUUUCUCUCUUACAACUAACUGUCAGGCCCCAUGGCCAGCAGGAUAGGCCCCGUGGGUGCAGGAGGUCAGGGGCUCUUUAAACACUCUCAUAAAUAAAAUACAAAAAAAAUAUGAUUGAUAUACAUACAUGGAAAGUAACUCUACUUUCCAAAACAAAAAGAAACCUAGAAGAGGGCUUCCCCGGUGGUGCAGUGGUUGAGAGUCCACCUGCCAAUGCAGGGGACGUGGGUUCGUGCCCCGGUCCGGGAAGAUCCCACAUGCCGCAGAGCGGCUGGGCCUGUGAGCCGUGGCCGCUGAGCCUGCGCGUCCAGAGCCUGUGCUCCGCAACGGGAGAGGCCACAACAGUGAGAGGCCCGCGUACCGCAAAAACAAAACAAAACAAAACGUAGAAGAGGCCUUCUGGCUUUCACAGCAUGGCCUGAGCGGAUAGUGGGCUGACCUGGGGCUGCCAUUCCCUUUAUUCAGGCUUUUACACUGAGCCGACUCUAUAUUCAGGGCUAGAGCUGUUGUGCCAGUGCUUCGUCUGCAGCCCGUCCCAGUGCACAGUUGUGGUGAGGCCGCAGCACGUCAGGGAUUAUCCCAGGGUCCCUGUUGCUGUCUGGUGGGGGAUUGGGGUGCACAUCCCACCCUGAAGAUCCGUCUCUGAGACCCACGUGCAGGACCUCUGUCUUAGCUUCGGUUUCUCUCAUGGGUUGAAUUGUGUCUCCAGAGCCAGCCCCACCCCCUCACCUCCCAGAAUUCAUAUGGGAAAGUCCUAACCUCCAGUGCUUCAGAAUACGACUUCAUUUGGAGAUUGAGUCUUGACAGCGGUAAUCAAGUGAAAAUGAUGCCAUUAGGAUGAGCCCUAAUCCAGUGCAACUGGUGGCAAAUUUAGGCCCAGAGACAGACAUAGAAGGAAGGUGAUAAGAAGAGACAUGGGAGGAAGAUGGCCAUCUACCAGCCAAGGAGAGAGGCCUGCAACAGAUCCUUCCCUCACAGCCCUCAGAAGGAACCAGCCCUGCCAACACCUCGAUCUUGGACUUCCAGCCUCCAGAACUGCGAGAACAUAAAUUCCUGUUGCUCAGGCCGCCCAGUCUUAACUUUGUUACAGCAGUCCCCGCAAACUGCUACCGCAUCCAUGAGCGCAAGAGUCUGGGACUAGGCUUGGGGGCAGGUCUUUUGGAGGUGGAGUAAGGACUAGGGGCAUUACAAGGACUCCGACAUUAUUUUUCAAAUGGAAGCCUGAUUGCAACACGGCACAGCUUGUGUGAGUGUUCUGUUUACCCCUCCCAUCUGCACUGUAUCCCCUUGAAUGGUUCCUUAAGCUUAGACCAAGGUGAAUGGUGGACACGUGAACUCUAAGAAAUAAAAAUCAAAACAUGUCGUUAGUACUAUAUUUUCCUUUGCUUAGAACUUCAGUAUAUUAGAUGUAGGGAGAGCCUUAGUGAUGAUACGAUAAAGAAAUUGAGUUCUGAGUGAAUGUAGUCAGCUGGUUCAGUACUCUUGUUUUACAGAUGAGAAAAUCGACAGUGCUAGUUGAACUCUUUUUAUAAGAGGAAAAUGUGGCCUCAUUUUAAAUAAAAGUAA